AUGGCUGAAUCAAAGAAAACCGAGGAUGUGGAACUCUCUAUCAUGAAGCCACCAUCCACUACAUCCGCAGACUCGCCCAAGCCCUCUGCCGACACUGAGGACGAGAGCUCCGCUGAACAGCCUGCUAAGGCCCAAGGCUUCGUUCUUCCUCGCUUUGACUUUGAACGCCCCCAACGCUUCAUGGACCCGGAACGCUACUUGAUCGAGAUCAUCCAGCAAGUCCAGGAUGAUGAUGCCGAAAUGGACGAGGAGGAACCUGAUGAAACUGAUGACAAGUCUUCUUCAUCGGACAAUCCAUCGGAUGAGGAGCCAUCGAAUGACAAGCCACCGGAUGAGAAGCUGCCUGAUGAGAAAACCUCUGACGAGAAAAUCUCUGAUGAGGAAACCUCCGAUGAGAAAGCAUCUGAUGAGAAAAUAUCAGAGAAGUAA